GCCGGAGCGAGGCAGCAUCGCCCAAAUCCAGCGGAGCCGCAAAGGCUCCGGUACCGCGGUGAGCGCCCGCCCGGGGCCGGCGCGAUCAGUGCUCACUUCACAUGGCUGAGAACACCCCCAGGAGCCUGCAGGACACCCCCAGCUCUUCCCCCGAUGAAAACGAGUUUCCCUUCGGGUACCCCACCAACAUUUGUGAGGAUGUGCCUGGUCAGAAAUUCCUGUGCAGCAACUGCAACAACAUCCUGAAGAAAGCCCUGCAGACGCUCUGCGGGCACAGGUACUGCUCUGCCUGCCUCACCUGGAUCGUCAGAAACAAUAAAAAUGCAAUUUGCCAGAAAUGUAAAGAGGAAGAUCCCAACACUUUAGGUGAGGAAAGCCUGUUGGCAGAAGAAAGGGCUUUUGGUGAUGCUGCCAUUAAUAAAGAGAUUUCUGAACUCAGAGUCCACUGUGUGACCCCUGGGUGCAGCUGGUCUGGUAUCAUGAAAGAUUUUGAAGAGCAUCAGAGUUUAUGUGAAUAUGCUUUGAUCCCUUGUCACACUGGCUGUGGGCACGUGGUGAUGAGAAGGAAGCUGGCAGACCACUUGGAAAAUGGAUGUGUCAAUAAUGUGACAGUGUGUCAGCAGUGCCACUGCAGCCUGGCCAGCUCUGAAUACCAGGAGCAUUCAUGUGAAGGAAGUUCAUGCAAGGAACAAAAACCUGUGCAAACAGAAACAGCAUCAAAGGAAAAGAGCCACUCCACAUCCUCAGCCAAGGAUGGGUGUUGUUUUUCUGAAGUUGGCUGUGAAUUUAGGGGGAGCAAAGAGAAGAUAAUUGAGCACGAAAAAUCCGCCGUGGGGGCUCACAUGCUGCUCCUGCUGCAGCACAUGAGGCAGCUGCGGGGGACCCUGUGCUCUGCUGCCAGCGCUGCACAGAGCUUCCCACAGCCACAGCUGAGCUUGAAGAGUGCAGGAAAAAGCAUCUCUGAGCUGCAGAUGCCAGCAGGGCUGGAGUUCAGCAGGGAUCCAGAAGUGGAUUGUUUCCCUGCCUCUUCUGCUCCUGAGGAUGAGCCUGUCCUGCAGCAGCUCGUGAGGGAGAAGGUGAUUGCUGAGCUGGAAAAUAAACUGCAAGUGUUUGAGAACAUUGUGGCAGUGCUCAAUAAGGAGGUGGAGAGCUCUAAUUUGGAAAUCCUGGCCUUCAGGAGGCAGAGUGAACUGGACCAGAACAUAAUACGGGGCCUUGAACUGAAGAUUGCAGAGUUACAUCGCUGCCUGACACAGAAGGAUGCAGGUCUGAGCAGCCUGCACAAGAGCCUGCUGUUCUCUGAGCAAGCCUCCUACGAUGGGAUCUUCCUCUGGAAAAUCACAGAGGUGGGCAGGAAGCUCCAGGACUCUGUGUCUGGCAGGACAGUCAGUUUGUACUCCCCAGCUUUCUACACUGCAAAAUAUGGCUACAAGGUGUGUCUGAGGGUGUACCUGAACGGGGAUGGGACAGGGAAAGGAACCCACAUGUCCCUGUUCUUCGUUGUCAUGAAAGGAGACUACGACGCUUUGCUCCCGUGGCCUUUCAAGCACAAGGUGACUUUUAUGUUGCUUGACCAAAAUAACAGGGAACACAUAAUUGAUGCCUUUCGCCCAGACCUGACUUCUGCUUCGUUCCAGAGGCCAGUGAAUGACAUGAAUGUGGCCAGUGGCUGCCCCAUGUUCCUGCCCCUGUCCAAGCUGCAGUCCCCCAAACACGCCUACGUGAAGGAGGACACGCUUUUCCUGAAAUGCAUCAUAGAAACAAAUUAACAAAUCCUCAAAUAUGGCUGGCUGGGGAAGGCACCUGUUGAAUGGCAAUGGAUUAUGAGACAAACCUCAUCAGUCUGAGAUUCUGUGUUAAUUUGUGUGUACACAAAAUCCCCAGAACCUGAGGCUGCACCCCUUGAACCCACUGCCAUCAGCUGCUGGAAUGGGAUUUUUCCCCGGUGCAGCAGCUGCUGGAAUGGGAUUAUUUCACCAAAGCAGCCAAUUCUCAUGGUUUAGGUGUCAGCCAGUGUCACCCACCCUGCCCUGCUGGAGAAAAGCUGCUCC